GCAAUGAUAGUCGCCCGCUCUCUUAUCACUCUUCUAGCACUUAUCAUUCGUUGGCAGUGAUAAGUACGUUUAGGUAUCAGUGAUAGGUCAGUAGAGAAUAUAGACUCCUGCCAAAGGCAUCGAAGAUAGCGAGACCAAGUCCUCUUAACUUUCUCUCUCUACAAACUUCUCUCCCUCCCUAUGCUUUAUCUUUCUCUGUCUUCUCCGCAGCCUUUGUAUCGUGGCUUUUCCUCAGCGGAAACCCUAGAAUUGUCGGUGUUCUGGUUCGUCGGCGGCUUUCGGGCUCUCGAUCUGUUGUUUUUCCGAAUUGGACUCAUUUGUUUCGAGUUCGUUGUCGCGGUUUUGUUGUUUUUGUUUUUUUUUUUUGGUGGUUUUCCGGUUGUGUUUUUGUUUUGAUUUGGAUCUGAGUUGGCUUUUGUGGGAGGAUAAUGUCGUCUUUGAGCAGAGAAUUGGUGUUUCUCAUACUCCAGUUUCUGGAGGAGGAGAAAUUUAAGGAGUCUGUGCACAAGCUUGAGCAAGAGUCGGGGUUUUUCUUUAACAUGAAAUACUUUGAGGAGAAAGUCCAUGCUGGUGAAUGGGAAGAAGUUGAGAAAUACCUGUCUGGAUUUACUAAAGUCGACGAUAACAGAUACUCCAUGAAGAUAUUCUUUGAAAUCAGGAAGCAGAAGUAUCUCGAAGCUCUUGAUCGGCAAGACAAAGCAAAGGCCGUUGAGAUACUGGUGAAUGAUUUGAAAGUAUUUUCGACGUUCAACGAAGAUUUGUACAAAGAAAUCACUCAGCUAUUGACACUUGGCAAUUUCAGGGAAAAUGAGCAGCUGUCCAAGUACGGUGACACCAAAACAGCUCGUAGUAUAAUGUUGAUAGAACUGAAAAAACUAAUAGAAGCAAAUCCCCUUUUUCGUGAGAAGCUUGCAUUUCCUACUUUAAAGUCAUCAAGAUUGCGGACUCUAAUUAAUCAGAGUUUGAACUGGCAGCACCAGCUGUGCAAGAAUCCCAGGCCAAACCCAGACAUCAAGACUUUAUUCGCAGACCACACAUGCACACCUCCAAAUGGGGCUCUUGCAGCUACUCCUGUCAACCUUCCGGUUGCCGCAGUUGCAAAAACUGCUGCUUACACAUCACUUGGAGCGCAUGGUCCCUUUCCACCCACUGCAGCAGCUGCCAAUGCUAAUGCAUUGGCAGGUUGGAUGGCAAAUGCCGCUGCAUCUUCAUCUGUUCAAGCAGCUGUUGUGACUGCAUCAUCCUUACCUGUUCCACAGAAUCCAGUUUCAAUAUUGAAACGCCCAAUAACACCUCCAGCUACGCUGGGUAUGGUUGAAUAUCAAACUACGGAUCACGAACAAUUAAUGAAACGUUUGCGGCCUGCACAAUCCGUUGAGGAGGUAACAUAUCCAAUGAUUCGUCAACAAGCUUCCUGGUCCCUGGAUGACUUGCCAAGAACCGUAGCUUUUUCCAUGCAUCAAGGAACCAGCGUUACAAGCAUGGAUUUUCAUCCUUCUCACCACACAUUGCUUCUUGUUGGUUCUGGUAAUGGUGAAAUCAUUCUUUGGGAAGUGGGGAUGAGGGAGAAGCUGGUUUCAAAGCCAUUCAAGAUAUGGGAUAUGGCAGCUUGUUCUCUGACAUUUCAGGCUUCUGUUGUCAAAGAUGCACCAAUAUCUGUAAGCCGUGUUACGUGGAGUCCAGAUGGAAAUUUUUUGGGGACUGCGUUUACUAAGCAUUUGAUCCACUUGUAUUCAUAUUCUGGACCGAAUGAAUUACGCCAGCAUUUAGAGAUUGAUGCCCAUGUUGGAGGAGUGAAUGACUUAGCUUUUGCCCAUCCUAACAAACAGCCAUGUGUAGUGACAUGUGGCGAUGAUAAGUUGAUAAAAGUGUGGGAUUUAACGGGACGAAAGCUAUUUAACUUUGAAGGGCAUGAAGCACCUGUAUACUCUAUAUGUCCUCAUCAAAAAGAGAAUAUCCAGUUUAUAUUUUCAACCGCCAUUGAUGGGAAAAUUAAGGCUUGGUUGUAUGAUAAUAUGGGAUCCAGAGUUGAUUAUGAUGCUCCUGGGCAUUGGUGCACUACUAUGCUUUACAGUGCUGAUGGAAGCAGAUUGUUCUCUUGUGGAACAAGUAAAGAGGGAGACUCUUUUCUGGUAGAGUGGAAUGAAAGUGAGGGAGCAAUAAAGAGGAAUUAUUCUGGUUUUAGAAAGAAAUCAGCUGGUGUUGUGCAGUUCGACACAACUCAAAAUCACUUUUUGGCUGUGGGUGAAGAAAACCAGAUAAAGUUCUGGGACAUGGACAAUACUAGUGUUCUCACAAGUACAGAUGCAGAAGGUGGCCUCCAGAGUCUUCCUCGCCUGAGAUUUAACAAGGAAGGGAAUCUCCUUGCUGUUACAACGACUGAUAAUGGAAUCAAGAUACUUGCAAAUGCCGUUGGUCUCAGAUUGUUGAGGGCAGGUGAAGCCCCAACUUUUGAGGCACUGAGAUCACCUAUUGAAGCAGCUGCAAUCAAGGCUUCAGGCUCUUCUGCUGUUGCAAAUGUCAGUCCAGUCAAUUGUAAAGUGGAAAGGAGCUCCCCAGUCAGGCCUUCUGGCAUUCUUAAUGGAGUUGAUCCUAUGGGUAGAAGCAUGGAAAAGGCAAGAAAUUUGGAUGAUGUAACUGAUAAAACGAAACCCUGGCAGCUGACUGAAAUUGUGGAGCCUGUUCAGUGCCGGCUAGUUACCAUGCCAGACAGCACAGACACUGCCAACAAGGUUGCUCGACUACUGUAUACAAAUUCUGGUGCUGGCGUUUUGGCACUUGGGUCAAAUGGUGUACAAAAGCUGUGGAAGUGGGUACGAAAUGAACAAAAUCCAAGUGGAAAGGCCACUGCCAAUGUUGUACCACAGCUGUGGCAACCAAACAGUGGUCUUCUUAUGACUAAUGAUGUGUCAGGUGUCAACCUUGAGGAAGCAGUUCCAUGCAUAGCCCUCUCAAAGAAUGACUCCUAUGUAAUGUCGGCUGCUGGUGGAAAGGUUUCAUUGUUUAAUAUGAUGACCUUCAAGGUGAUGACAACAUUCAUGCCACCUCCCCCUGCAUCAACCUUCCUGGCAUUUCAUCCUCAAGAUAAUAACAUCAUAGCCAUUGGAAUGGAGGAUUCAACUAUCCACAUAUACAAUGUCAGGGUAGAUGAGGUAAAAUCAAAAUUGAAAGGUCACCAGAAGCGCAUAACUGGUUUAGCUUUUUCCACCAAUCUUAACAUAUUGGUUUCAUCAGGUGCUGAUGCUCAGCUUUGUGUUUGGAGCAUUGAUACUUGGGAAAAGAGAAAAUCAGUUCCAAUACAACUGCCUUCUGGUAAAGCUCCUGUUGGGGACACUCGAGUACUAUUCCACUCUGAUCAAAUUCGUUUGCUGGUAUCCCAUGAAACACAGCUAGCAAUAUAUGAUGCCUCCAAGAUGGAUCGCAUCCGUCAGUGGGUUCCUCAAGAUGUCCUCUCUGCACCUAUUUCUUAUGCAGCAUACUCCUGCAACAGUCAACUAGUUUUUGCUUCCUUCUCAGAUGGUAACAUUGGGGUCUUCGAGGCAGAUAGUCUCAGACUAAGAUGCCGCAUUGCCGCGUCAACGUACUUGUCCCAGGCUGUGUUAAAUGGAAGCCAAGCUGUUUACCCGCUUGUUGUUGCUGCACAUCCACACGAGCCCAACCAAUUUGCAGUUGGAUUGACAGAUGGGGCUGUUAAAGCGAUAGAACCCUCAGAGUCGGAGGGAAAGUGGGGAGUAACUCCACCUGUAGAUAACGGGAUGCUAAAUGGUAGAACUGGGUCAUCAUCUACCACAAGCAACCAUGCCCCUGAUCAGGUUCAAAGAUAAUAUCUAUUGUAUCCUAUCAUUUACAAUCUCCCCCUCUGUAAUUUAUCAGCGUAGAUUUUAGGCAUUUAUUCUCCCUUAUCAAAUGUAGUAUUUGAUGUGAUGUUUAGAGAGGUAUCAGUAUUGUAUGCUGUUCUGGUUGAUUAAUGUUUGUAGAUUUGUUCAGCAUCCUGUUUUUUGUAUAGUUGAGCAUUGUCUUAAAAGUUUAUUUUUAUUCUGAGAAAUACAUUUGUUGAUCAUGAUAACUUGAGAUUGUGGUUGGUUGUGUUAAGAGUUUUUAUUUAUACUAGUUGGUGCACACGUGGG